AUGUCAAACAAUACUGUCGGCUCUUCGGGACAUGCUCCCGGCAAAAUACGUGGACCUGGAAGACCUCCAAAACGGACUUGUACUUGGUGUGGCGAAAGUAAAACACCACUAAAGUAUGUAUUGCCUACUGAAAAUAGUAAAAAGGAGUUUUGUUCAGAGACUUGUCUCUCUGAAUUCCGACAGGCUUACAGCAAAGGUGCCUGUCUACACUGCGACAAUGUUAUUCGCGGCAAUGCCCCUUCUAACAAAAACUUUUGCUCUACAUACUGUCUGAAUAAAUAUCAAAAGAAAAACGAGAAGAGAACUACUUCCCCUCAGUCUGGUAAUGGAGCUAAUGGUACUGAAAGUAAUUCAAACAAUAAUUCUACCACUUACUACGAUUUAUAUCAAUCUUUCGAUUGGACUGAAUAUAUGAAAGAAACAAGUAGUGUAGCUGCUCCUGAUGAAUGUUUUAAGCAGGCUCCUUUACCUCCUGUCAAUGAUUUCAAAGUGAAUAUGAAAUUAGAAGCAUUAGAUCCUCGUAAUUUGACAUCAACCUGUAUAGCUACUGUAGUUGGUGUGUUAGGGCCCAGGCUAAGAUUAAGGCUUGAUGGUAGUGACAACAAAAAUGACUUUUGGAGGCUUGUGGAUGCGGGAGAUAUUCAUACAAUUGGUCAUUGUGAAAAAAAUGAUGGUAUGUUACAGCCUCCACUAGGUUUUCGCAUGAAUGCUAGUAGUUGGCCUAUGUUUUUGCUCAAAACUCUUAAUGGAGCUGACAUGGCUCCCUCAAAAGUGUUUCAGCCUGAACCACCCACACCAAAGACUAACUUAUUUGUUGUUGGUCAAAAAUUAGAGGCUGUUGAUAAAAAGAAUCCGCAGUUGAUUUGUUGUGCAACAGUGGGGGCAGUUAAAAAUGACCAGAUUCAUGUGACAUUUGAUGGAUGGAGAGGUGCAUUUGAUUACUGGUGUAGGUAUGACUCCCGGGAUAUAUUCCCAGUAGGCUGGUGUGCCCGAGCUGGGCAUCCUUUACAGCCUCCAGGUCAAAAGAAUGCAACUACACCAUCUAGAUUUAAGUUACGCCCAAGUGGUAUACCAAAUCCUGCUUUACCAGAAGGGGGCUCUACCGGUAAUAACAAUACUGGAACUACCAACUCUGGUUCAUCUAGUCCUGUGCCCAACAUUUGUCUACACAUUCGUAGUAGUUGCCAAGGGGGAAGUCCCAAUUUACCCACCUCUGUCAAUGGAAUUGGUGCUUCAGGGGCAGCAGAAACUCUUGUCAAGGAGCUACUAAGUUCUCAUCCCGACCCACAGAAGUUAACCAGGGCUAUUCUCACAGCCUCGAGUAGCUAUUCUAAUAUUACUAAUGUACAGGUGUCAUCGGGAAGUAAGAACUAUUCUGUAAAAGUUCCGUCAGAUUUAAGUAGAGAUGAGUUGAAGAACUGGGUGAAGGCAGUGUGUGGAGGUGCCGGGUGGUGUGUGGGGUUGGUGGAAGUAGACACGGGAGAGGCAGCCGUGAGGCCUUGUACCCUCUGCGGGGAAUCUACUUCUAAUGUGGCACCUGUUAAGAGGACCAAAGCUGAAGGCAGCAAAGUGAAUGGUGAAGGGCCAGGUGCGAAGUUGGCCCGGGUGUCCCCCGAGAGGCCGGAGCCAGCUUCAUCGACCACGGGUGCUCCUCCCCCUCCCCCCGCAGCCCUGGCGCCCCCCGACUGGUCCGUCGAAGACGUCAUUGGGUUCAUCGCAGCGGCUGAUCAGGCGCUGGCCGCUCAUGCCGACUUAUUUAGGAAACAUGAAAUAGACGGCAAGGCCCUUCUGCUCCUAAAUUCGGACAUGAUGAUGAAGUACAUGGGACUGAAACUCGGUCCAGCUCUCAAGAUAUGCAACCUCGUCUCAAAGGUUCGCAACCGACGACAUUUCAACGCCUAG